CCAUGAAUCGGGGAUGGCGCUGUGUACAGUGGAAGCGAGUUAGCAGCCAAAGUUUGCAGAGCAGGCAGGAAAAGUUCGCCGGAGAGGGGACCCGUGAUUCCAACUUCUGCUGUCAUAUAACCUCCGGAGCUCCAGUGAAAACAUGCGGACUACGCACUCCAAUUAGCCGGGACUUCUUAUCUGUAUUGUGGAUGUGCUGGGUGACUUUCUCCCUGUCUUUCAAAGAUAACUGUUCACGCUCUGCUGUCCUCACUGCACGCUGUCGCUUCAAUGGACUAUGUUAUCACUGAGUGAGUAACAGAAAUUGAUUGUAUAAUUUCCUGACCUGCAGAUAGGCUAACUGUGGACAACACGCAUGACUUAACUUGUGCCAUGUAGUUUAGUCUUGGGUGUUAAAAAACAAUGAACUCCCCCCGUGACAAGGAGCUGACACCCUUACCUCGAAAACACCGACUCAUGGCUGCAGCUAUGCCCGGUGAGGACAGCCCUUUGCCCGGUAAUACUUCCAGGACUGAUCGGAACGGAUUAGGGGGACUAGUUCACUGUUUCAUUUGUGGAAGUGGAGUCACCCCAGGAAAGGAGUUGAGGCUACAAGUGACAUACCAAAAAGAAAGACUUCCGUUUUUCCCGUUUCUACAGAAUCAGGAGCCAGCCCCGGGCGCGUGUGAAGUGAGCCCGGAUGGACACACGCUGGUGUGCGCUGUGUGCCACUGCUUCCUGACGGAGCAGUGGAACUCCUUUGAACGGAGCAGGACGCCCAUUGAGAAGCGCAUGUAUUGGCUAAAACGACCCUACCAGUGUGACUCUCGACGGGUGCCACAGGAGUGGAACAUCUCCUAUGAUCUGGAGAGGAGAAUAAGUGUGGGCAGCCACUACGACGGGGGCGCAGAGUCUGAUUUCUCAUCUUUUUCUGAAAACGAGAACAUGUCAGACCAGGAGAUGGAUUUAGUCGACAGAGCUAGUGUAGGCAGAGAUAAGUACAUGAAAUCAUCUGCCAAAUCGCCAAGAGACAUUAGCAGGAAAAACAAUGUCAUCAGUGUUAAAAACAGCCCAGAUUCUCAGCGGGCAGUCCGCUACCCGGUGGGUGUUUAUGGGGCGCAGGGAUCGCCAAAAGCGGAGAGUGUUUUCUCCGCGAGGCGCGGAGCUAAAAUUAUGAAUAAUGUGUGUCAAUCAUCAGGAUCUCUGGCAAAGUCUCAGGAGAGAUUCCCUCCACGGUGCUAUGACAGUCCUCUGUCUGACACACCUGUGCAAGACAACGGGGUCAUUAUGCGCAACAGGCGCUGGUUGGAGGAGGGGAAUGUCAGACAUGCAGAGCAGCGUCACAUUCAGCGAGCUGCCGACAGCAGCUGUGCUUCAUCCAGACAUCCAUCUCUGCUGCACCGAGGGAGAGGCGAGGGUCACCCCACCACUGCACUGUCAUUUGUUGGCACUAAACGCAAUAUAGGUGCGAGCAGGGAGGCUCACUCUGACAACUCUGAUGAAGAUGAGAUUAACAUUACAAGUGAUGAUGACAUGUAUGAAAGCAAAGCGGGUCCAACUGCUCAACUUAGACCUGCAAAAGACCUCUCGGCAAGGAAGAGCUCCCAAAAAGUGAAUGACAAUCCUGAGGAUUGUGUGUGCUUCAUCUGUGGCUCUGGGCUCAGACAUGAUGGCAGAUUUAAAGUCAGUGUUCAGAAACAGGAGUGGGCACAGGGUGAGCCCUUCUUUCCCUUCCUGUGGCUUCACUCCCCGCCCAGAGGAGCAAUGCCCAUCAGUCCUACAGGUACCACUGUGGUGUGCGGCAGCUGCCACACCUCCCUCAUGCAGCAGUGGCAGAGCUUCCAGCUGGCAGAUGUACCUGUCCUCCAGCGACUAUAUGUUGUCCCCCUAAACCCGGCUGCUGGUCUCCCUCCAUCCCAGGAGGGAAAACCUCCACAGUCCAUGGAGAGCAUCACUGACCCCAGGGCUUCCCAGGAGGCAUGUUUCCUCUGUGGUCAGGAGUGUGCAGGGGAUAUGAGAGUAGCAUAUGCACAGGCUGGUGUAGGUAAAUCCCGCGGAGCAAUGUAUUUUCCUUUCAUCAACAUGCUGCCUUGCCCUCCUAAAGCCCAGGCAGUGAGGGACGGUCGUGUUCACUGCUGCCCACAGUGCCAUCACAUCCUGGAGGAGAUCUGGAGUGCGUACCGUCUCAGCCUCAGUGAGGACCUCAUCACCUCAGUCAGCUCCUUCCUGGUUAGGUACCAUACUGUCAUUGCAGCUGAGGGCUCUGGAGCAGCAAAUUCCCAGUCAGGUGUUCCCUGCCGCCCUAACAACUCUGUGUCAGUGUGUUACCUUUGUGGAGCUGAGCUGUGUGCGGGAGGAGAGUACCAACUUCAUGUCAACCCACCUGGUCGCUGUGGGGAGAGGGAACCUUUUUUCCCCUUUCUCACUGUGCAUCCUCCUGCUCCACGUGCAAAGCCGGUUGAUGCCACAGGCUUGGUGUCAGCUUGUAACCUCUGCUACCAUGACCUGCAUGCACAGUGGGCCCAGCAUGAAAGCAAGGGUCCUUCCAUCCUGUCUACCUCAAAUCUGUCCACUGCCACCCCUCCUCAGCCACCCAGCUCCCCAUGGGCCCGCCAGUACAGCUGUGAGGCAUUUGUGUGUUUCUUCUGCAGGCAGGAGCAGCGCAGGUUAGGAAGGCUGUGUGCUGUUACUGUGGCCAGGCUUCCUGUGUUCCUGUACGCACCUCGCAGUGCACGCACUCUCCUUGUGGAUGAUGGGAGGAAGCUGGUGAUUGGAUCAUGUGUGGAAUGUAAAGCUUUGGUACAGGUGGGACAGAGCAUGCAACAGGACAGGGAUCGACAUGGACAUGGAUCAUCAGAAGAGGAGAGGAAAGAACCAGAGUCUGCAUCCUCACAGUCUAGACAGAAGGUGGGGACUGUGAUUGAGAGUGCAGCUGGGUCUAGGAAGGACGCCGGCUCUGAGCCUUCACAGCCUGCAGGUGACCACACACUGUCUCACCCAGGGACAUCAGAGCCAGAGAAAGCUGACCGAGCUGAACGCCCAUCUUCCAGCAUGAGCCAUGAGCCAAAGUCACCAUCGUUAGGAAUGAUCUCUACGGCGACCCGUACCACGGCGACGGUCAGCCCCCUCACCCCGUCGCCUCUCAACGGCUCCAUCGUAGCCAAUGGAAGCCCGGCUAACCAGUCUGCUCACUCUGGAUUUGCUGCAGCCCUCCGUAAACUGGCUAAACAGGCCGAAGAACCUCGAGCUGCAUCUUCCAUCAGCAGUGAGUCCUCUCCAGUGUCAUCCCCGGCCACCAACCACAGCUCUCCAGUCAGUACGCCUAAGAGGGGUCCCCUCGGUCCAGGGCCUGUUCUGGUUCCCCCUACGGGCCACAGCGUGCCAAACACUCCACCUGUAGUCACCAUUGCUCCAACAAAGACUAGCAACGGCCUCUGGAGGACAGAGGGACGACAGGCUGACUCGGGGCCUCGUGGGACCAGCAGGGAACGUCUGGGUGGAGAGGGUGUCCUCUCCCAGGAGAAGGGUGGCCCCUCAGUCCCUGCUCAUCUCCUGGGAAACCCCUAUGCCUUUGGUCUCACCCCCGGUGCUGUCAUGCAGGAUUCACGUUUCCAGCCCCUCAAUUUGCCCAGACAGUUGCCUAAUGCAGUGCCCCCUGGUCCGGUACCAGAAGAGUACCUCCGUGGUUUCCGGCCCUACGCCACGACUGAGGAUGCCCUCCGCAUGCCCUCUUUGCCCCUGGGCCUGGACCCUGCCACUGCAGCUGCUGCAGCUGCCUACUACCACCCCAGCUACCUGCCCCACCCCUCCUUCACGCCAUACAGGAUGGACGACCCGUUCUGCCUCUCUGCUUUGAGGUCACCUUUCUACUCGCUACCAGCAGGGGGAGCUUUACCCCCCAUGCAUCCCUCUGUUCACAUGCACCUACAGGGGGUCCGCUACCCUGGAGACUUCACACACCCUUCACUGUCAGCACUGCAGUCUGAGAGGCUUCAGCUGGAGGAUGAGCUGCGGCAGAGAGAGCGGGAGCGCGAAAGGGAGCGAGAAAAGGAGAGGGAACGCGAGCUGGAGAGAGAGAAGGAGCGGGAGAGGGAACGAGAGCGAGAGAGGGAGCGAGAGAAGGAGCUUGAGAGGGAGAGGGAGCGUGAGCGAGAAAGAGAGCGAGAGAGGGAGCGGGAGAAGGAGAGAGAGAGGGAAAAGGAGCUGGAGAGACAGAAGGAGAGGGCACUGAGGGAAAAGGAGCUGCAGGCAUCCAAGGCCAUGGAGAGCCACUAUCUGGCUGAGCUCCAUGCCAUGAGGGGGCAGGAGGACCGAACCAAGCCUGAGAGGCUCACCCCAAAUCGGGCUGAUAAAACCAAAGAGCUCGCCCCCCCUGCUCCGAAACCAGUCCCCUCUGGGCUCCACUCUUCAAUGGUCCAAGCACAUCAUCCCAUCCCCGGUCUGAUUUCAGGCCACGGCCACUACAUGGGGCCCGGCGCUGUAGGGGCUGGGCUCUCUGCCUCACUGCUGGGUCCGAGGAACAAUGAGGAGGAGAGGUGGUUGGCCCGGCAACGUAAGCUGCGGCAGGAGAAAGAGGAUCGUCAGUACCAGGUGUCUGAAUUCCGCCAGCAGGUUCUGGAGCAGCACCUAGACCUGGGUCGGCCAGCUGACUCAGCAGAUCACAGGACAGACUCACACAGAUCCGUACCAAAUCACCAUGAACCAGGAAGCCGGGACCUCCACCCUCAUCUAGGUGCCCCUCCUCCCCUCAUUUCCCCAAAACCUCCUCAGCCUCUGCGGGACCACCACCCUCCGCCCCCCACUACCCUGUGGAACCCUGCAUCUCUCAUAGAAACAGCCACAGAGUCCAGACGUAACCACGAGCCCUCGGGGAUGGGACACUACGAGCUCAGCAGACUGCCUCCAGCGCCCUCCAAGUACGAGGACGGAGUACGGCGGAGGGAAGGGGGAGUCAUGGAGAAGUAUGCCCCUCUGAGAGGUCCUCCGGGCCUGCCUGAGCCCAGCACGUUCCUCGCUGAUCUGGAGAAAUCCACACAGAGCUUCUUCAGCCAGCAGAGGGCAUCGCUGUCCUUGACUAGUCAGUAUGAAUUGGAGGGGGCUGUUAAAAGAGGAGAUGCUGGAUUUAAGAGCCUGCAGGGACACCCGGGACACAGCAGACAUGGACAGGGAUUAGGAUUGGUCGCUGGGUCGGGGAUUGGACAGGUACCCACACUGUCGAUGGGUCCAGAAACAACUCUGAUCUAUGACGAGUUCCUGCAGCAGCACAGACGGCCGGUUAGCAAGCUGGACCUGGAGGAGAGAAGAAGAAGGGAGGCCAGGGAGAAAGGUUACUACUAUGAGCUGGAUGACUCAUAUGAUGAGAGUGAUGAGGAGGAGGUGAGAGCCCAUCUCAGGAGAGUAGCAGAGCAGCCGCCACUCAAAUUGGAAGACUCCACAGAGAAACUGGACUUCCUGGGAGCUUUUGGCCUCACCACUAUGGGCCGGCGAGAUGAGCUGGUGCAUCAGAAGAGAAGGAAGAGGAGGAGAAUGCUUAGGGAGCGAAGCCCCUCGCCGCCUGCCUCACAAUCCAAACGAACACCCCCUCCUCCUCCCCACCUCAUCACGCGCUUCACCCCAGAGGAGAUGGACAGAGCACCAGAGCUGGAGGACAAGAAGCGCUUUCUAACUAUGUUCAGACUGUCCCACGUCACUGUGCAGCAGAGGAGAGAUAAUGAAAGGGUGGUGGAGCUGCUUCAGGCCAUUAAAGAAAAGAGCGUAACCUUGGAUACCAUCAGGCAUGCCCCUCAUCCGCUGUGUAAGAGCCCUCCAGCAGCGCUCUCUGAUUCUACAUUAGCCCCGCCUCCCUCUGAAUCAGAAGACUACCACAGUGUCAGACCACAUAGCCCCCCCUCGCAGUGCCCAGCGUCCCCCAAUGGCCAUCCAAAACCCCUCGGGGAAACAUUAAGACCAAAGGAACCCCCCUCUCCAGCUGUCUACCCAGACAAGGCCCGGGGGCCCGGUGAGGGGCCGAUCUCUAAGAGGAGCUCCAGCCUGCUGAACAGCUUGCGGCCUCCGCUCCCCCUGCAGGCAAAAGAAGGUCUUCACAGCGUCAAUGGACGCACCAAACCCUGGGAUAGCUUCACCCCAGAGGAAUUUGCUCAGCAGUUUCAUGAAUCAGUGCUUCAGUCCACUCAGAAGGCUCUGCAGAAACACAAAGGUGGAGCCUCAGGGAUGUCGGAGUCGUCUCACCUCCAGGAGUCGUCUGUUCACUAUAACAUUCCAGAGCUUCAGAGCACCCCGGGCAGACCACCACAGCCUCACUCACAUCCUCACACGAACACACAUCCAUUUCCACAUCCACUCUCACACUCUCACCCCCAGUCCAACGGGCAGCACUUCUCCGUUCAACACCACCGGGAGGCCUCAGGGACAAGGGAGGACCUGUCGGGUCCAGAUGACUCUGAGGAGGAGGAUGAUGAGGAGGAAGAGGAGGCUCCUGUUUCAAAGUGGCAGGGGAUUGAAUCGAUAUUUGAAGCAUAUCAGGAAUAUGUUGAAGAGCAAAGUUUGGAACGACAAGUGUUGCAGAAUCAGUGUCGAAGACUAGAAGCUCAGAACUACAACCUCAGUCUGACUGCUGAGCAGCUGUCUCACAGUAUGGGGGAGCUGAUGUCCCAGAGGCAAAAGCUGGCGGUGGAAAGGGAGAAGCUACAAGCAGAGCUGGAGCACUUCAGGAAGUGUUUAACGCUGCCACAGACACACUGGCCGAGAGGGGGCCAUUACAAGGGCUACCCUCCCAGGUGACCCCGACACGCCCACCAUAUGGCCCCCAGGCCCUGCCCAGCGCCCCUUUCAGACUGACACCAGAGUUUAUUUUUCAUAGCCCGGUCCACAUGGCUCCAUGGAGGAGAACAUGCCUGGCUAGUUGGGAUGAAUGAGUGAAUUAAUGAAUGAAUGGAGUGAAUGGACAGAUGGAUGAUGCAGGACCAUACAGUGAAGGACCGGCGGUCUUGUGGCCAGCCAGGGACUGUGCCACGAGCCACUGGUGUGUGCCAAUGUAGCCAACCCUGACAUCAGUGAGAGUGUGGGACAGGAGCACCUGAAGAUCAACACAAACACACACAAAGAACACACAUGCACCUGCUUCUCACAGCGUCUUCAGUCCCUGCCGCUUUGCUGUUCGCUCCUUGCAUCCCUCACCACCACAGCUUCACAGACAAUCCUGCCAAUGAGGGAGCAGCUGCUCCACCAAGGCUGUUGUCAAAAGACUUGAACGCUCCAAAGGCUUCUGGCCAGUCGGGACUGAAUUUUACCCCCGUGGCCACAUGAGCUUUUUGAACUGGAAAUGCACUUAUGAAUAAAAGCUGAAGAACUACCUGGUGGUACUGUGUUACAACAGAGAACUGUUCAAAAUUAGGGAAGAACUUAAAAAAAUGCACAUUUUUGGAAAGAAUUAAGGAAAUGUUUUAUUUCGAAAUAGAAAAUUUGAGAAUAAGAAUUUUAAAAGGUGCUUCAGCCUUGUAUUGUAAAUAAUAUGAAGACUUAAAAGAAUUUUGUAUGUUUUUAUUACUUUAAUCAUUUUUCUUUUAAAAGAAAAAAAGCCUGCCAUUUUUAUAUGUUUAUGCUUUUUGGGUUGGAAAAGAAAGCCUUGCUUUUAGUGUUUGUACUGCUGCUGGCCAGAACAGCUCAUUUUGAGACAUUUAUCUGAGAGAGAGAGAGAGAAAACAGGAUACACACUCCGCCUUUCACUCUCUAACCCAUCCUCAGCCACCCCAUAUAGCAUCUGAGCUCAGCAAAGAUUACCCAGAGGUCCUGAGACACUGCUUCUGUCCUCUCAUCCCCCUCUGUCACAGCAACGUGUGUCUGUUUGAAUGUCAUGUCAGAAACCUGUUGGCAUGAUAAGUUGGCUAAAUAUCAUACAGAAACCAGCUGACAUCCACAGUGACAUGUUUUCUUUUAAUUGUUUUCUUUUUUUUUACUUUGACAUACUUGAUUAUUUUGUAAAGACAUGAAGUCUCUUAAGCAGCCAGCUGAAGAAUCUGUGUUUGAUGCUUUAUCCUUCCACUGGACCUGCCACUUAAGUUUUUAGACAUUUUGUUAACAUUGGACUCAAACGAUACAACGGUUUGCAUAAUGUUACGCCUUACAAGAUCAAGCCCUUAUCAGCAGCCAUGAGACACAGUGCCAAAAAGAAAAGCUGUAGCGUAUUGGACUUUUAAUUUGAGACAGCCAAACAUUCAAAUUGCAAUGGCCAUCUUCCAAUUCUGGACACCACCAUCAUUGAUCUUUGACCCGUUCUGGGACCAUCAUAAUUAUCAAAGUUGCCAACAUGUUAUAAAUCACAGAGCAGAUUCAAACUGAGCAUUUCUUUGAGGAUAUGAAAUCAGAUGAACCUUUCCUGAAACCUGUUUACAACCCUCUCCUGCUCUUAUACGCUGUAACACAUGCAGUUAGAGACCCCAAAAAGCCACCUAAAGGUUUAUAAACCAUUGCUUUGGAGUAAAACUGCACAAGCAAAAGUGGUCAGAUAGUUGGUGAUGAACUUUGAAAAUGUGCAGAACAUUCAUUCGUAAAAUCACUGAAGCACAACUCCCCCCUGCAUACAGUUUAUCAAUAAAGUGCCUCAAAGAUUUGGGAGCAUGUGAAUGAGUUGUAGUCUACACGUUGGACAUUGUACUCUUAGCAUCAGUGAUCAGGGACUUUACAUUUCAGAGUGUCUUCUGUACGUCUCACAUCUUUUCAAUUUGUGCAUGUCAAGAAACCACACAAGGCCCCUUUAUUCAAAAGCAUCCCCAAGAAUCAAUGUAAGCCAGUUUAUCAGAUGGAUCCAGAGUGUAGCUUGUCUUUCAUACGGAGCAGAAGAGUGCAGCCUGUCAGUCAAUAAGGGGGUCCAUAAGCUGAGGUAAGCUGCCAACAACCUGGGGAGGGAGGUGCAGUACAGCAAGUCACCCCCCACUCACUCAGCCGCCCUGUGUCUCUCCAGCCCGCGCACGCCGAUGCAAUAGCCCCAUCACUCAGUGGAGGAUGUCUAGAUGCUGUGAAAUCCUGUUUUUAAAAUGUACUUGUUUGAAUUCAUUGUAAUGUAAUAUAUUCUUUGUUGAAUGUAGUAAUUAGGUAUUUAUGAAUAUAUGGCUGUGAUUUCAGACAAAAAGAAAAUAAAAUAUUUCAAAAAUG